UUAAUGUGACGUUCAUGGUAAAAAGCCAGGCGUCGAUCAAUUUUGCAAGACUGUUCCCUUUCUUUCCACCUUGUUUUUUAAUAAUCAUGUUAAUUGAAAUCAAAAGUGCUAUAUUUGCCAUAUAGAAAACCUGUGGAUUACAUAUAUUCAACUAAAACGUCAAAUGUACCUUCUUUUUCCGGGUCGUGAUGACUAAUGCAGCAACAAGGCAGCGUAGUACGGAGAUUGUCAACGAAUUGGGACACGGCCCAACGGCGCCACUAUUUUAAACUCCGCGUCGUUGUCCUGUUUUGUGUUAUCUAUAUUUCACGUUUUCUUCACGUUUUCUACAAACCACGUUGUUUGUUAAAUCAGUCUAAACGCAUUUUGGGGACGGUAUGGGUGUUCACGAUUUGUGGUCCAUCGUCGAGCCGGUUUGUGAGUCGGUGCCGCUGUACAGUUUGAGCGGAAAGACGCUGGCAGUGGACCUGAGUUUAUGGGUGUGCGAGGCCCAGCAUGUCCAAGCAAUGAUGGGGAGAGUUACCAAGCCCCACCUGAGGAAUUUAUUUUUUAGGGUGUCAUCGCUCACGCUUAUGGGGGUAAAGCUUGUCUUUGUGAUGGAAGGAGAAGCCCCUCAACUUAAAGCAGAAACCAUGAGCAAGAGGACAGAAACGAGAUAUGGAGGAUUCAAAAAAUCAUCUGUCCCGAAGUCUACAACACACACCAGCAGAGGGCGCUUUAAAGCUGUGCUUAGAGAGUGUGCAGACAUGUUGGAUUCUCUGGGUGUGCCCUGGGUGACAGCUGCCGGGGAGGCUGAGGCCAUGUGUGCCUACCUGGACUCACAGGGCCUGGUAGAUGGCUGCAUCACUAAUGAUGGAGACGCCUUCUUGUAUGGUGCCCGGACUGUCUACAGAAACUUCAAUAUGAACAGUAAAGACCCUCAGGUGGACUGUUACAGGACCUCCAGGGUACAAACAGAGUUACAUCUCUCCAGAGAGAAUCUAGUUGGUCUGGCCAUCCUCCUUGGCUGUGAUUAUAUUCCUAAGGGCAUACCAGGUGUAGGUAAAGAGCAAGCACUAAGGCUUAUCCAGAUGCUGAAGGGACGAACACUUCUGCAGAGGUUCAUCCAGUGGAAGGAGGAGAAUGCAGACGUGUCUAAGGGAAUUCUAAAGAAGGUUUCUCACUGCAACGUAUGUCGCCACCCUGGCUCAGCAAAGGCACAUGAACGUGGUGGAUGUGUGCUUUGCAACAGUAAACAUUUCUGUCAACCCCAGGACUUUGACUACCAGUGUCCCUGCGACUGGCACCGCUGUGAACAGACCCACCAGGCUUUGUCUUUUGAGGCAAAUAUCAGAAAGAAAACACUGGCAAGUCAACGGUUCCCCUUUACAGAGAUAAUUUCAGAGUUCCUGAUUUCCAAGGAUAAACCAGUGUCACAUUUCAAGAGGAGACAGCCAAAUAUGCUGUUGAUGCAGAAAUUUGCCUAUGACAAGAUGGAAUGGCCAAAGCACUACACCAGUGAAAAGGUUUUAGUCCUGAUGACCUACGCAGAGUUGAUGAACAGAAAAUAUGGAAGAGAAAUGUCCUCCCAAAUCAAGCCUCUUAGAAUAUUGAAACCAAGGGUGAGGAAUGCUGUUGCUUGCUUUGAGAUCAUCUGGAGAACACCAGAACAUUACGUGUUUCCCGAGGAUCGGCCUGCGGAGGAUCAACAUGAGGUGAGGACGGUGGAGGAAGAGUCUCUCUUCCGUGUGGCCUACCCAGAGGUGGUGGAGAGCUACCUGAGAGACCAAGCUCUGGCCAAGGAGAAAAAGAUUAAGAAGAAAAAGCCAAAGAGUAAAAAGGAAAAGCCAUCUGAUGCCUCUGAUGGUAUUUCGGACCUUUUGGCUCAGAUGACCCUUCAGAGUGCCUCUAACACUCAACCACAAACGCUGCUCACUACCAUUUCAAACUCAGCUGAACCAGAAGUGGUAGUUUUGGACACUCCAGUGAACCAUAAACAGCAUCAAAAGUCAAAGAGAGACCACAGCAGUCUGGACGAAUCCCCCAAUAAUCCUCUGUCUAAAACAAAAUCCGAGACUGCUGCUUCACCGUCUGUCUCUGCUGUUAUCGAUGCUCUACACCUGAGUGAUAUUGACUGGGAGGCUUUGUCCUUCACAUCGUCUCCGACUCCACAAUCGGCUACAAACCACACCACUGAGCCACCCGAGCAGAGCCAAACCACAGACACUGAUGUCAGGGAAACAGAGGGCAAAAACACCAAUCAGAAAACCUUGGGUGACGUCAAAGAAGCUGACACCAUACCUGCUCCACAGUUAUGCUACACAGAGUGUCCUCUAAGGGACAGGCUGCUUAUGAGGAACACAGCUAAAGCUAUAAACCAGAAAGAGAUAAAGAAUGACAUGGUCUCAAAACAACUAAACUAUGAGUUGACCUCUUUCAAACACGUUUCUUCUCAUAACUCAAAACCAAGUGGACACAUCCCCAGCAAAGGGAGCAGGGGCAGUACAUGGUCAGGAAUAGAUUCUACUGUUAACAAAAAAGAACCACUCGCUGAGAAAAGGCUGUGUGCAACAAAUAAGGCAGAAACUGCAGCUCAAAGUAAGACAAAGGACAAAUGUAAUGUAAAGCCUCCUCAGAAAUACAAAUUUGUCCAAAAAGCCAUUUUGUCAUCGGCUGUCCCACCACAGAGAUGUCACUCUGACCCAGGUCAAAGUGACAAGGACAGGAACGGGCCGCCGACCACCAAGAAGAGCGUGUGUAUGAGCAUGUGUUCAUCCAGCGAGGAAAGUGAUGCAGAGAACCAGCAGUCUGGACCUCAAAAAAGAGCUAAGAUCAAGUCUGUAAACAAGGCCAGCUUCCCCUUAGACAUCCCCUUGAAACCAAAAACAUCCAAACCAACAGUGAAAACAGCUCCAACAGUUCAUUUAUUACAACCAAUUUCUCAGAGCUACAGUGCAGACAUCGAGAUAAACAGCAGACGUAUAUUAACUAAAAGCAAAUGCCAGGACGUCUCACCAGCUCAUGUGGAGACUCCAGCAUCACCUGUGGUGUUAGAUAGUGAUGAUUCAGUUAUUUGUAGUGAGAGUCCAUUGCCACUGGCAGAGAGACUGAGACUGAAGUUCCUGAAGUGAGCAGCAAGAUUACAGGAUGAUGGGCAGAAGCAUGUGAGCUAUUUUAUGUUGAAUGUGAAAAUUUAUUCUUGACUUUUUAGAAAUGGUGGACCACAAAAAAAUCUUAUCUUAAGGUCCACUUACCAGCUUUUUACAGAAGAGCAACAACAAUUAGUCAAUCUCAGUUGAAG